AUGUCGUUCUCGCGCGUGAAGAUUGCUGCCCGUCUCCGGCCCCCCAUCCCUGGUGAACAGCACGACAAUGCCAUCCGCGUCCUCCGUCAAGACCGUGAGGGACAGUCCAACUCGGCCAUCGUCGUUGACAAUCCCCGCGACCCCUCUCAGACGUUCAACUACCCGUUCUCAUCUUGCUAUGGCGAGUUCUCGUCACAAGAGGAGAUCUUCGAGCGCGACGUCAAGCCCCUCAUCGACCUCGCCUUCUCGGGCAUGACGGUGACCAUCUUUGCCUAUGGUGUCACUUCCUCCGGCAAGACCCAUACCAUGCAAGGCAGCGCCGAGCAACCAGGUAUCAUCCCCCGAGCUGUCCAGGAAAUCUUCAACCGCACCGUCUCCCAACACGUCGGCGCCUCUAUUGCAGCUUCGUACAUGGAGAUUUACAAGGACGAGGUCUACGACCUCCUUGGUGACAGAGAAUCCGCCGCGAAGCUGCCUGUGCGCGAGAACGAACACGGGAAAGUCUUUGUCGCAAACCUCUCCACCAUUCCGCUCGAUACGCUGGACGACUUCGAAACCGCCUUCUCGCAAGCGAAUAAGCAGCGCUCCGUUGGCUCCACUAACCUCAACUCUGUCUCCUCCCGCUCUCAUGCCAUCUUGACCCUCCAUGUCACCGUCACCGAUCCUUUGCAGAACCGCACUCUUUCUGGUAAACUCAACCUUGUUGAUCUGGCUGGCUCGGAAAAUAACAAGCUCACCGGCAACGACUCCUCGCGCAUGGCCGAGUCCGCCGCGAUCAACAAGUCGCUCAGCGUGCUCGGCCAGGUCGUCCACGCCCUCAACCAGGGCGCAAGCCGUAUCCCUUACCGCAACUCCAAACUCACGCGCAUCCUGCAAGAUGCCCUCGGCGGCAAUUCCGUCGGCCUCCUCAUCUGCAACCUCGCACCCGGCACCAAGUUCCGACAAGAUACCCUUAAUACGCUGAACUUUGCUGUCCGGACGAAGAACAUACAAAACAAACCCCUCGUUAAUCAACAAGCCAACGCAACCGCCGGCCCCUCCUCCGUCACCAUCCCGCCCCCCGCCGCUCGCUCGAUCCCCGCACCCGCACACACCAGCCGCAUAGCCGGCCCCCGCCCGUCGCGCGUGCCCCGCAUGUCCAACGCCGGCGCCGGCCCCCGCCCCUCACUCGCCUUCUCGAACAUCCCGCCCCCAGCCGUCAAGCGCGAGUCGCUGCCCCCGCCCGCCCCAGUCAUGCCCGCGCACCUCACCGAAGAGGAGAUUAACGCACGCAUUGCGAAGGCUGUGGAACUCGAGGUCGCACGGCGGCUCGAGGAGCGCGAGGAGGCCGCACGGAAAGAGCGCAGCAUGAGCGUGCUGCACGAGGAGCACGGCUCGGCGUCCGCUGGCUCACUCCACUCACUCCCGCCCGGCUUGCUCUCGCCUCUACUGAAGAAGCAACGACACAGCGCGGAUGACGAGCUCAAACAGCGCCUUGAGGAGCUCGAGAGCAAGUUCGAGCGCGGCGACAAAGACAAGCGCAUGUCGGACGUGCUGCUCUCCCCCCUCUCGCGCAAGAAGACCGGGCGCGCCUACGUCGCGCUCGCGCGCGCCCACACGCAGAAGAACAACCUGCAGGUCGCGCUCGAGCUGUACCGCAAGGCGGAGACGUACGUGCCGGACAACGUGAAGCUCAAAGAGAGGAUCAUCGAGAUCGAGUGGGCGAUCAAGAACGACCGCCCGUUCGCGCCGUCCCCCAAGAAGCCACGCCGCGGGCCCUCGCGGCGCGCGAAGGGCGGCAGCAGCAAGCACCGGCCCGCCCCCGACGCCGGCUCGGACGACGACGCGCCAGACUCGGGCAAGGAGAACGAGGGGUACGCGGACGCGGAGGACAAGGAGGAGGGCGGCUCCGCGAAGCGCAGGCGGCGGCACGUCAAGUCCGAGGAGAGGGAGCGGGAGCCGGGCACGCCGCCGAAGCGGCGGCGGCUCGUGAAGUUCGAGGAUGCAUAUGCGUAGGCGCAGUCGCAUUGCGCGAUUUUUGCGGGGACAGAGAGGAGUGGGAGGGGUUCUUGCGAGCCACGGGGGCGAGGCCCGCGCCGGCGGUGGCGAUGGCGCGCCGGGUGGGUGGGUGCGGGUGCCAGGGUGGGGGAGUAUGUACGCUAGCUUACCUGAUUGCCUUCUCUUCGCUUCGGUGUGUGCCCGUUGGCUUCUAGGCGUUCUGUUCGUGUACGUGACGGUCCGUGUUUGUGUUUAUACGUGGUGUGGAUGGU